UCAGGCUACCACUCCAACGAAACCAACCUUAGUGAUUGCUCCUCUCUCUCUCUCUCUCCACUCACUCACUCGCACACCAAAAUCUAGGGUUUCUGUUGAGACAAUUUCAUCUUCGAAGUAAAAAUGGGAGGAGGAGGAGGCGCCGAUCACGGCCACGGCGAUUUCAGGAACAAGGUAUGGAGUAUGUCCGGUGGCCCUUAUUGUCGUCCCAAGCAUUGGAAGCGUAACACCGCCAUUGCCAUGGUUGGUGUCGUCCUCCUCUGCAUCCCCAUCGCCAUGAAAUCCGCUGAACUCGAGCAACGGCCCCAUCACCCUGUUCGCCCAAUCCCUUCCCAACUCUGGUGCAAGAACUUUGGAACUAAAGACUAUGAAGAUUACAAAUAAUCCUGGAUCAUCAAUUGCAUCAUUCGUGCUGGUUUUCACAUCUUGUCAAACAAAAUUUCUUUGUUAAAUGCAGAGAAUAUGGGCAUCUUCAGAGUUGCUGCUGUCAGUGUUAUGUAAGACUUGGAUCUAGGAUCAUACAGUGGAUAGCCUUUUUGUUUUGGCUACAUUUAUUAGACAUGCAUUUUAAAACUAAUGAAAUUAAAUAAGUGUGCUUAUGUCUGGAUACUUUAUUUGAGAGCUUGUUCAAAGUGGGAUUACUGGUUACAAUAAUGGUAAGUGAUGUUAU